CAGCCAGGAUCGAUAUUUUCGUUAGUUGCCAUCCUAUGUGGAUGCCGUCGAGGAGUGUCGUCGGCCCCCAAUAUGUGCUGAUGGCUUUUUGACAAGCCGGCCAUGGCUCAGUUCUUCGGCACACGUGCCUCCCGUAUCCUGCCAAUACCCCUACCAAUACCCUCUCUGCGCACCACCGUAAGACGUUGUGAGGUGCGUGCGGGUGAAGCCUCGACGGUAGGACCCCCGAUCCGGAGACACAAACACAUGCGAUACCCGCCCGUGUUUUUCGAUUUACGGCAUUGGGUGCAUAUUUUUUAUCUAUUGUAUGAGUACGGCAUAGAAUAUGCGCCCAUGUCCGUACGUGUAUAUACGUACCGAGAUGGUACUCCAACGAUGGUACUCCACGAGGCAGACGGGCCUCUUCGGGUUCUUCCACGCCAUGCGAGCCUCGUCGCGGCAUGUAGCCGGCAAUUAUUAAGGGAUCGCAAAUGUGUUAUUUCGUCCCUAUCAGAGACCCGCCCAUGGAUCUGCAAUGCGUAUCGAUACCCCUGGGGCGAGACGAGGGAGAGAAGGGAGCCCGAAGGAAUGCGUACGGAGAUGAUAGCAGAGGAUAAGAGGUGCGCAAAUCGUCCCCUCCCUCGAUCUCAACGCAAUCCAUGGCUCCCGUCCUCCGCCACGGCAUUAGGUAGCCGCUCGCGCUCGGUACCCCACAGUACCAUAUGGGUUCUCUCACCACCUCUUCUGACCUUGGCGCCCGUGGGCUGUGACGGCGUGCGUAUAUACGCAUAUGCGGGCUAUAUAUAUCAAGCCAAUCGGAGGUCUAUCUGCACGCCUACUGCGUAGUCAAGCCCGAGCCGAGAUGCUCAUUGGGCGGUGUGGCAGCUUGUGUGUGCGUUGGU